AUGGCCGCAUAUGCGGCAACUUGGCGCUUGGCACAAUUAAGAACUUGGUCCUGCAGAACCCACUUGUUUGGUGCGAACAGGUUCGAAGCCAGACCCAUAUCGGAGCUAGCCAAAUCUAAUGGCAAACGACUCUUUCUGGUCGACACAUUAGCCCUUGUGAGGAGAUUAGAGGCUCAAGGAGUUCCGUCAAAGCAAGCGGAGGCUAUUACAUCUGCCAUGACUGAAGUGCUCAAUGAUAGCUUAGAAAAUGUGUCUUAUUCCUUUGUUUCUAAAGGCGAAAUGCAGAAAAAUGAGAUGACUCAGGAAGCCAAUUUGUCCAAAUUCAAAUCUGAAGUUAAAAGCUCUCAGGAUCACCAUUUUUCUCUGUUACAACACGAGACUGAAAAACUCAAGAGUGAUAUAGAAAAAAUGCGCAGUGAGCUGAGAUAUGAAAUGGACAAAGUUACAGCUGGGCAACGUUUGGAUCUUAAUCUUGAAAGGGGGAGAAUUCGGGACGAGUUGUCCAAUCAAAAUCAAGAAACUACUAACCUGACUAACAAACUCGACAGAGAAAUUCAUGCAUUGCGAGCUCAGUUGGAAGCUGCAAAAUACGACGUGAUAAAAUACUGCAUAGGUACCCUCGCCUCUGUAUCUGCUGUUGGUCUAGCUGUGAUUCGAAUCCUGAUGUAA